AUGUUUUCCAGUUUAGUCUUAUUCGUUUCCUUUUUUUAUACAAUAUACUGCUCGGAACAAAUUUCAAAUGCAUCUGAAAUUACCGAAAUUGUUCGGUACGAUGGGAGAAGAAUACCAUUUGAAAACCGACAACAAGUAUUUCACUAUGUGAAUAUCACGAAUCCUGCAGUGGAAAUCAAAUUGAAAUGUGCACAUUGUAAUGCAGAAAGAUGUCGACCUUUACCAUUUUGUUAUUCAAUUAUGUAUUCAGAAGAAGAUGUUCGUAGCACUGGUGACUACUGUGCAGACGAGGCAGAAAUGAACUCUCUAGUGGGUGCUCAACUUGAUGCAACGACUUCAUCGCAACGGAAGCGUCGGCGCCUUCAUGAAUCGUGUCUUCCGUCGAUUAACGAUCCAACGAUACAGUAUUGUGUGUGUCACACAUUUGAUGAUGAUGCUUCUUCAAGAGAAUAUGAUGCAUUACGUCGGAUACGAAUAUGGAGAUAUCAGAGUUUAAUAUUCCACGAUGAAGUUCAAAAGAGUUCCUGUGAAUUGAGGGUAACAGCAGUUACGCUCGUUCUAGUUCUGAUAUGGUGA